GGCCAGCCGGGCGCUGCAGCAGUGCGGGCAGCUCCAGAAGCUCAUUGAUAUCUCCAUCAGCAGCCUGCGCGGGCUGCGCACCAAAUGCGCCGUGUCUAACGACCUCACCCAGCAGGAGAUCAGGACCCUGGAGGCGAAGCUGGUCCGGUACAUUUGCAAACAACGGCAGUGCAAGCUGAGCGUGGCUCCUGGUGAGAGGACCUCAGAGCUCAACAGCUACCCUCGUUUCAGUGACUGGCUGUACACCUUCAACGUGAGGCCGGAGGUGGUGCAGGAGAUCCUCCAAGAGCUCACGCUGGACGCCCUGCUGGACAUGAACGAGGCCAAGGUGAAGGAGACGCUGCGGCGCUGUGGGGCCAGUGCGGAGGAGUGCGGCCGCUUGCAGUAUGCUCUCACCUGCCUGCGGAAGGUGACAGGCCUGGGAGGAGAGCACAAAGAGGACUUGGGCUGGAGUUUUUUGGAUGCCCGGCGGGAAAGUGGCUCAGGGCCUUCCAUGGACACCCUCUCACCAGCCGGCCUGCCCUGGCCCGCCGGGAGCUCCCAGCUAGGCAGACUGGGCAGCAGUGCCCAGGGCCCGCGCUCCGUCUCCGUGUCAGCCCUGCCCACCUCGGACUCCUCAACCCCUGGCCCCAAUGAGGGCUUCACGGACACCUGUAUCCCCCUGCAUGCCAGCGGCCGGCUGACCCCCCGUGCCCUGCAUAGCUUCAUCACCCCCCCGACCACGCCCCAGCUGCGACGCCACACCAAGCUAAAGCCGCCAAGGACACCGCCCCCGCCCAGCCGCAAGGUCUUUCAGCUGCUGCCCAGCUUCCCCACGCUCACCCGGAGCAAGUCCCACGAGUCUCAGCUGGGGAACCGCAUCGACGAAGUCUCCCCACUGAGGUUUGAUCUCCCGCAUGGAUCCCCACAGAUGGUACGGAGAGACAUCGGGCUCUCAGUGACACACAGGUUCUCCACCAAGUCCUGGCUGUCACAGGUCUGCCACGUGUGCCAGAAAAGCAUGAUGUUUGGAGUGAAGUGCAAACAUUGCAGGUUGAAGUGUCAUAACAAGUGUACAAAAGAAGCCCCCGCCUGUAGAAUAUCCUUCCUUCCAAUAUCUAGGCUUCGGAGAACAGAAUCUGUCCCUUCAGACAUCAACAACCCAGUGGACAGAGCAGCUGAACCCCAUUUUGGAACCCUCCCCAAAGCACUGACAAAGAAGGAACACCCUCCAGCCAUGAAUCACCUGGACUCCAGCAGCAACCCAUCCUCUACCACAUCCUCCACACCCUCCUCGCCUGCCCCCUUCCCAACAUCAUCCAACCCAUCCAGUGCCACAACACCCCCCAACCCCUCACCUGGCCAGCGGGACAGCAGGUUCAACUUCCCAGCUGCCUACUUCAUUCAUCAUAGACAGCAGUUUAUCUUUCCAGACAUUUCAGCAUUUCCACAGGCAGCCCCAUUCCCAGAUGCAGUGGCCAAUAGCCGGCUCGAUGACCAGCCGAAAGCAAACGUGUUGGAGGAUCACGAAGUGGAGGCCGAGGAGCCGGAGGCUGGCAAGUCAGAGGCAGAAGACGAUGAGGACGAGGUGGAUGACUUGCCCAGCUCCCGUCGGCCCUGGAGGGGCCCCAUCUCUCGCAAGGCCAGCCAGACCAGCGUGUACCUGCAGGAGUGGGACAUCCCCUUUGAGCAGGUGGAGCUGGGCGAGCCCAUCGGGCAGGGCCGCUGGGGCCGGGUCCACCGUGGCCGCUGGCACGGCGAGGUGGCCAUCCGCCUGCUGGAGAUGGAUGGCCACAACCAGGACCACCUGAAGCUGUUCAAGAAAGAGGUGAUGAACUAUCGGCAGACACGGCAUGAGAACGUGGUGCUCUUCAUGGGGGCCUGCAUGAACCCACCCCACCUGGCCAUCAUCACCAGCUUCUGCAAGGGGCGGACGUUACAUUCAUUUGUGAGGGACCCCAAGACAUCUCUGGACAUCAAUAAGACCAGGCAGAUUGCUCAAGAGAUCAUCAAGGGAAUGGGGUAUCUACAUGCCAAAGGCAUCGUGCACAAAGAUCUCAAAUCCAAGAAUGUCUUCUACGACAAUGGCAAAGUGGUCAUCACGGACUUCGGGCUGUUUGGGAUCUCGGGUGUGGUCCGAGAGGAACGGCGUGAGAACCAGCUGAAGCUGUCACACGAUUGGCUGUGCUACCUGGCCCCUGAGAUCGUGCGUGAGAUGACUCCCGGGAAGGAUGAGGAUCGCCUGCCGUUCUCAAAAGCUGCUGACGUCUAUGCAUUUGGGACUAUUUGGUAUGAGCUGCAAGCAAGAGACUGGCCCUUUAAGAACCAAGCUGCAGAGGCCUUGAUCUGGCAGGUUGGAAGCGGAGAGGGAAUGAAGCGAGUCCUGGCCUCCGUCAGCCUGGGAAAGGAAGUCACGGAGAUCCUAUCUGCCUGCUGGGCUUUUGACCUGCAGGAGAGGCCCAGCAUCACCCUGCUGAUGGACAUGCUGGAGAAACUGCCCAAGCUGAACCGGCGGCUCUCCCACCCUGGGCAUUUCUGGAAAUCUGCUGACAUUAACAGCAGCAAAGUGGUACCCCGGUUUGAAAGGUUUGGCUUGGGCGUCCUGGAGUCCAGUAAUCCAAAGAUGUAGCCAGCUGUGCAGUUUUCCACCAAUUUCUUUUUUUUCUUAAAUGCGUUUCUAAAAUAGCCAAACAACCACCACAACAAAAAGCAACACUCUUCAAAACGUCAGCCACCUUCAUAAGUCCUGCAAACCAGAAGCGUGAGUCCUCAAUUCAGACUGCUCGUCCACAAAAAAUACGUGGGUCCUGGAGAUGGAGCCAUACCUGCUAUUUCUUAAAAUGACAUUACCAACAACCAAAACUGUCCUGACAGGCAGCAAAUGUUUACAUGUAUGUUCUGCGGAGUGAACUCAAGGUUUUACAAUAAGUAAUAAUAAAAACGAGCUGUGCAGUGGAGAGCUGGCACCAUCGGCUGGGAUGGUGGAAGUGGCCAUCCCCUCUGGAGCCCUUGUAGGCAGUGAGUCCACGCUGGGCCAGAAGGAAGAAAAGCAUGGAGAUUGUGACUGUUCUCAUGGUAGGACAGGGGGCUGCAAGGUUUGACCUAGCCUGUGUUUUGGCCCUAAACCCUAUCAGCGAGAAUCUCCCUCUGUACGAGUCUCCCCUUGUCCUAUCAAAAGGCCACUAUCCCUUCCUCCUUUUGCAAAGGAAACUCUGGCUAGGAACCCAGCUGGGUUAUGAGGGUCGGCAGUUCCCAGAGAGCUUGAAUUCACCUCUGACCCCUGUAAUCCAGCCCUUAUAAAAUCCAAAUUAACAUAUGGACUAAUCCAGUGGUUGCUAGCCAGGGUUUCCACUUACUGUAGAGAUGUUUUUUUUCAUGAAGCCCCCAAGGAGGCACCAAGGAGAUGGGUGCAGGGCCUUGGCUUUUUAGACACAUCCCAAUCCUGACUGACAUUUGACCCCAGAGCUAAGGCCCAGCCCAGCAGCUGUGUAUAUACCAAGAAGGCUUGAUCCACAAGAACAAGGACGGUCAGUAGAGGGAGUAGCAGUAAUGGGUCCCUGAGCUCACCCUCCCAACCACAAGGCGACCUGACCGGCCCCUUAGAAAUCCAUCAUCAGUCAUCCUAAAGUUCCAGAACUGCCCACCAUUCCUCUACCCCAGUCCUAUUGAAACCCCUCAGCCCAGUCCUGGCUUCUUCACUGUCCAUGUUCAGAGCUAAGAUGGGAGGCACGUACCCCUCCUUUCAUUUAGAGCCACCUAGCAAGCCCCCCCAAUCCUCAGAGCCUUCUCAAGCGCCAAGUCAGGACUUUUACUUGUGUCCAUUUGAAUCAGAAGGAGGGGCUAGAUUUGGGAAGGUCCAUGAUGUGAGAGCAUCCUGCCUGUCUUCAUUGGAAGCUGUUGCCCAGAAAAAAGUUCCAAAUGGCAAAGAAGCCCUUCAGGGGACAUUGUCAUUAGGCUCCAAAACCAGAAAUGACCAAAGGCGAUGAGAGUGGUGAUGUGGUUGGAUUCAGACCCAGAACCUAUGUCCAUGCUCUGAGCCGAGAUGGGGAGGCAUGCGGUCCUUCCGCCCCUUUCAUAGACCCACCUAGCAAAGCUCCCAAUAUUCAGAGCCCUCCCCAAAGUCUGGCCAAAACACCGUAUGAAAUGAGCCACUGCUUAGAAGCUGUGGGCUGCCUUCCCCUCUCCAGGCCAGGCACCCGAUGACCGACUCUUGCAUGGGGAGCACACUGUGAGACAUCACAAGGUACCUGGGCUGCCCACUGCCCGUCAGCACCCCUGUCCAUCGGCAAUCCAGACAUAAGCACCUUACCCUUUCCUGGUCAGGGUACGGGGAGGAAGUCAGGAGCUGGAAACCAGUUGGAUUCAGCUCCAUGUAGUCUCUUCUCCUCUGUGGGACUGUUCAUUUCUCCCCAUCGUGCCUUUGGCCACCCCUGUCAACCAUCUAAUGAGAUAACUUCCACCCAAAGCCACAAGGUGUGUGACUGCCUCUUCUGGCUAAGGCAGCUCCUCCCCACAGGUCUUCACCUUCCCAGGGGCUACAGUUUGUGCCUCUCAAGCCUCAGCCUUUCCCCUCUGAAUCCAUGGUCAUGCUGGUGAGCCCAAGGAUUGGACGGCAGCUAAGCAAGUCAGGCUCAACUCCUCCCCAGUGCUGACUCUCAGCCCACAGAAAGUCAGUCUGGGUUUUGUUUUUUCUCAUGUGUCACACUCAUGGGUCAGUUCAGGAAGCUUUCAUUGAGCAUUUACUGCGUUUUGUGGAAGUGCCGGGGGCCUGGCAAUGGGAGUGGCCACCGUCCCUGCCCCUCAGGAACUGACAUCUGCCAGGAACCCCAAGCAUAGAGCUGAGGGACAUCCUCUUCCGCUCCAAGGCCCUGAGCAGCCUCUCUGCCCUCGGCCUGAGCCUCUGCUCUGCCUAUCGUGUAAGAGAAAUGCCUGAGAAAAUCCCCCAUGUGGUCCCCUUCUUCCUCUAUUUAAGUGACUGUGAAUGAGGUUAGGAAGAUGUGCUUGCCCUUCUGUGUGCUUUCCCCGUCUACCUUGGGCAUACAUAAAGGACAGCAGAUACUGUGAAUUCAGCCCUCACGGCCAACUGUGAAGGGGAUAGAGAAGCUGGGAGAGCCUCCUCGGCAAGAGCUCUGGAGGCUGCGGAGAUCCCCACUGGGGUCUGAGAGUGGAGCCCAAGCUUUGGUUCUUCAGGACUCCCCCACCCCAGUUCCCCGCCUCACCUCCAAAACUCUAGGGCCUUUAGCCACCAGAGUCACAGCCAUUGGGUCUCCAUCAAACUUGAGGUCUCGAAUCCCAGUGAGUUCCCGGUUAGUCAUGAGCGGCGUGCAGCAGAGUUAACCUCUCCAUGUCACCAAAUCAAAGAUGUGUGCAGGGCCUUGGAAUCCCUCUGCCUUCUCAUGGCAUUCUUUCCAGUGAUCACAGAGGGGAGUGCCACGCCCUGUAAGCUCUGCUCUGUAUUGAUUUGGGAGCUGGUGGAGGCAUAAAUGUGAAGCUGGAUAGGGAGCUUAUGCAAUUCUGCAAUGUUAGCCAGGAUUUCAUCAGUGUAUGCAAACCCAGCAUCUCCUGUGGCCACAAGGCACGCACUUGCUUUUUUGAAUGUGAUGUAAAAUUUGUACAGUAAGUUUUUAUAUUUUCUAUCAACUGCAUUUGUCUUCCAGAAAUGCUAUUAAUUUAAAUUAAAAUGGUUAGUAUUAAUAAACGUGCUGUAUCACUUUUUGCCACUGGCAAGAACACACCCUCUGUGCCAGGCCAAGCCUGGGUGUCUGGAGUUUGAAUAAAAUUGUACCAAGGUG